GCGAUGACGGAAGACCUGUCAAGCAGAACUGUCCAAAUUCGAAUGGAGCGAUAACCAACAUUAUAAUUUCCUUCGAAAUGAUGUGUUUCAUCGAAUAUUUGUUUAACUAAAUUACUAUAACAGUAAAUUUUGAUUUCGUAUUAUUUUUACCGCGUUUCUCCGAUGCAUGAAUAAGAUCAUCCUCAUUUGGAAUUUGGAAAAUAGACGUCGAACGGGGAACAAAAUCUUCUGUGGGCUUUUGGUUUGACAGCUGCAAGUUAUUUGUAAACAUUUCCCAAGUCCACGCAAUCGUGUCCGCUUUGCGUUCAGAAAUUGGCCUGCAGUUUAUUCGUCCCUCGCCAUGAACGUUCUCCAGGGUCUGAGCCGUAUCGCGCAUCAAUCGCUGCGUCGAAACUUCUGCUCAUCGCUGGUUCGCCGGUCCUCCACCUACGAAAGUGAUGGUAAAACUUCAGUCACGAUUCUGAACAAGGAGGCCGAUGCUGGAUUGAUGAUCAACUCGUACAGCCAGUUUGGAUUCCGGCUCAAUAACGAUAUGGUCGUCAUCGGACCGAUGGCCAUCUUCUCCCGCACCGUGCUGUCGUGGAACGUCGAAAGCCACGAGGACAUCAACGACGAGUCGUUGAGCUUGUUCUGCGCUAUUGAGCCGAAAAUUGAUGUGCUCGUGGUGGGAAUCGGCGACCACACCAUAACGCCUACCUUCUCCAAAAAGAUUAUCGACUUUAUGAAGCGCUACAAGAUCAACGUGGAAGUGCUCGGAACGGAGCAAGCUUGUUCGACGUUUAAUUUUUUAAAUGCGGAAAAUCGGGUCGUUGCCGCAGCCCUGAUUCCUCCCAUGACAAUGCGAGUAAACGAGGACGAUCUUAUGCAGAAGCAAAUAUCGAUUAGUAAAUCGUUUGAGGUCUCUGACAAGUAAUCCCGCCGGUUAAACCAAAAGUAGACAGGGUAUGUCGAGGUUCUGUAUAUAAUAAAAAAAAUAUAGUACUACUGCUAGUGUAGACCGCAUGAUUCAUGAUCGCCAGGGAGCUAUUUGCUAGAAUUGUGUUUUUCCUUCAAAUAUCACAGCCAAAUAAAACCACUGCGUUUAAGAGUCUUAACUUACAA